UGAAAUUCGAGAACGUCUCGCCUGCUGUCAGUGUCCUGGUAUAUAUUGCCGUGCACCACCUCCUUGUCAUUCCGCUCAGAUCCAGCACAGACACACUCACAACGUCGUCAUGGGUUUGGUAUUUUAUUCAGUCGGCGUCCUCGUCAUGUACGUAACAUGUAUAUCUACUCAAGCGGUUCAGAAAGCAGAGGACUGUGCAGCAAGUAGUUCUUGUCCUGCACCGGGUGGAGGCUGUGUUGCCCUUGGUGACCCCUUCAUCCUGAACACCUGCACAACCCUCACCUGCACGGUGGAGAACAACAUCUAUGGACUUCGCGGGACAAUGAGAUGCGUGACAGGAGCUGGAGACUGUAAAGAUGUUGGCGAAACAUACGAAUUCAAUGCAUGUACAACUCUGACCUGCACUUUAACAGACAACUACCUCAGGUUUACAGGUGACUACAAAUGUGCACACGGAGUCGACUGCUACGAGGGGGGCUCAAAGAAGAAGUUUGGGAAUUGUCAGUAUUCAUGUUCUGUCAAAGACAUGGUCGGCUUCGUCAAGGAGGACGCAGAUUGCGUAUAAUCAACUUGAGACCAGUCUGCUUCAAGUUACAUUAUAUUUGACUGAAAUAAACGAUCACAUGUUUCUGUUAA